ACAGAAAAAACCUUAUCGGAGUUUCAUGCUUCAUUUCUCAGCAAGUGGUGUUCAAUAUGUAUUUUUGAAAUUUCUCCAACGGUAGAAUACCCCACUCUAUAGGAUGCCAUCAACUGCAAUCGACACACCUAAACCUUCAAGCAUGGGUGCGAGCAGCAGUCCCAUCCCACCUUUGAGGAAGACGCUCACCUCCGAAAAUGAACCUUUGGCAAGACGAUUCCGCGCUUUAUUCUCCCUAAAGCAUGUCGCUUGUCUCCAGCCUCCUACAGAACAGAGCCUACAUGCGAUCCAAGCGAUCGCCGCAGCAUUCUCAUCACCAUCAGCCCUUUUAAAGCAUGAGCUUGCUUACUGUCUGGGACAAACUAAAAACUUAGCUGCAGUUCCGUAUCUCCGGGAGGUGUUGGAGAAUCGAGCAGAGGAUCCCAUGUGUCGGCAUGAAGCAGCGGAAGCCCUGGCAGCGCUGUGCGAUUCAGACAGUCUGGAUAUCCUACGGAGUUUCAGAGAUGAUGAAAACGAGCCUGAUGUCGUAAGGGAAACCUGUGACAUUGCCGUGGAGAGGAUUGAAUGGGAAACGUCUGAUCGACGCAAGACUGAGAAUCUAAAACAAAGUGAUUUCGCCUCAAUUGACCCUGCCCCUCCACUACCAAUGCCCGCCGAUGAACCUUCCAUUCCCGAUUUAGAAAAAACCCUUCUCGAUCCAAAACUCCCUCUCUUCCAAAGAUACCGAGCAAUGUUCGCCCUUCGAGAUCUGGCCUCACCGCCUGACCUUCCGACCGCUGUCCCCGCUGUACAUGCUCUAGCAGAAGGUUUUAAAGACUCUUCGGCACUAUUCCGGCAUGAGAUAGCAUUCGUCUUUGGCCAAUUGGCUCAUCCUGCUAGCAUCCCUAGUCUCACCGCCACGCUCCACGACAUGAAGGAAGCUAGUAUGGUGCGUCAUGAGGCUGCCGAGGCACUGGGAAGUCUUGGAGAUGAGGAAGGAGUGGAGGAGACCCUAAAGAAGUUCUUGGAUGACCCUGAACAAGUGGUGAGAGAUAGUGUUAUCGUUGCACUUGAUAUGGCAGAAUUCGAGAAGAACGGAGAAAAGGAAUAUGCGCUAAUUCCUGAAGCUGUCGCUACGGCGUAACACUCGAUUGGGUUCUCGGGUUGUGGAGGAGAUCGAGUAGACAAGGUUUAUGUGGCCAACCCUGAAAUUAUUUUGCUUGUUAUAUUGUUUUUGGGUUUGUUCAUGAAUGAACUACUGGCGUCCGUGGUUCAGUUGUUUGUGUGGAAUCUGCAAAAAUAGAUCAGAGAGUCAUUAUGUGUCCAGUGUAUGAUUUUAGACAAUUUGGGUAACACGUACUUGUGUCCACAUCCUUCACAGGAGUAGAAAACGGUGCUUCCUUCGUCUGCACUACGUAAUUGCAAUGUAUGGUAUCUCAUCUCGGGUCUAUCACAUUCCGGGCAGCUCUCCUGGGCAAUCGCAUCUCCCCGUUUGUCCGCGGCCGUCAGAGUUUGCACUGCGGACCUUUUCGUUCGGAGUGCGGAAGGGAAAGCAUCGGGUUUCGAUUCCGACGUGAUGGUUUUGGAUGCAGUGUCUGAAAGGGGGUUAAUUAAGAGAAUAUUUAGUGAAAGGGUAAUCGACAAGCUCGCUCAUAAUGCAAGUUGUUUGUUACCUCUGUUUUUGGUUCCACAAAGCUCACAGAUCAGAAUUGCAUUCUUAUCGCCCGUGGACUCGCGCAGCAGAUUCCCACAGUCUGUGCAGAAGAUUAGGGACCCUAUCGAGGCCAUUGUGUGUGGAUGUAUCAGGAUUACUGUAUUGGAGUUAAUAUUAUUGUUGACGAUUUAUGGUCCACCACUUCAAUGCUAAAUAUUUUUUAUUCAUAGCCAAGCCAGAAACUUUCGAAUAUUU